CACCGCCAUGGAGAGUUCAGUCUUGGCUGAGACGUGGUGGAGGGUGGGUUGUGCGUCGCUCCGGUACUGGCACGCUCCUCUCUUCCCUGAAGGAUUGUUUAUCGCGGAAUUCAGUGGAGGAGUUUACGAUCUUGGCAAUUGGCCGGAUGUUGUGGUUAUAAGUGAAAGGCUGUGGAUAUCGGUAUGGUGUCGAGGGAUUGUUGAAGCACAUGAUAAAAGUUGUAUACUUAUGUAUAUCUAGUGAUAGAUAAAAUUUGUGAAUAUCUGAAAGGAAGUUGCAAACUACAGCAGCCCUAACGAACCAAGCACCAACAGGAUAUUAUUAUAUUGUGCGCCAUCUGGGACCUCAAGGAAUGUAAACGUCAUGGGAGAAGUGUGUAUCAGGAGCGGCUGCCUGGUGUAGGCCACACGUGAACCACCCCAAGAUGGGCGGGGAGGGUGUGGGCGGCCCCACUGCCGGAGGUGGCUACACGCCCGUCCUGCUGUCCGCCCUCCUGGCCUUCGUCAUCACUCCAUGUACAGGCCAGUUCCGCUCCCCCGAGAUCACAGAACACCCGGCCGACCUGCUGGUGCCCAAGAACGAGCCCGCUACUCUCAACUGCCACGCCGUGGGCAGACCCGAACCGGAGAUCACUUGGUACAAGGACGGACAGCCCUUCGCCCUACACAAGGGUCGCCAUGUGCAGCUGGACACUGGGGGGCUCUUCUUCCUGAAGGUGCUCCACACCAAGAAGGACAACGAUGCUGGGGUCUACUGGUGCGUCGCGUCCAACUCCAUCGGCAAGGUCACCAGCAGGAACGCCACGCUCGAGAUCGCCGUUCUCCGUGACGACUUCCGACUGGUGCCGGAAGCGACUCGAGUGGCGGAGGGAGAGACUGCCAUGUUGGAAUGCCUUCCCCCACGAGGCAACCCCGAGCCAGUUGUGUCCUGGGAGAAGGAUGGGGUGGUCCUCGACCCUGCUACCCAACACAGGUACCGUGUGGUCGACGGAGGGAGCCUGGUGAUCAGCGGGGUGCGGGUGUCUGACACAGGCGAGUACCUGUGUCGUGCCAGGAACGUCUUCGGCCAGAGAGAGACACCCCAGGCUAUGCUCACAGUCCAGGUGUCGCCCCACUUGGUGUCUUCAUCUGGGACGGUGACAGGGGCAGCUGGAGCCACGGUGGAACUGGUGUGUCGUGUAGGUGGAGACCCUCCACCGGAGGUAUUUUGGCGUCGUGUGGAGCCUGCGGGGGAGCUGCCCCUGGGAAGAAUGGCACUGGAGGAGAGCAGCCAGGUAUUGAGGAUCCACCACGUGGCUCCUGAGGACCAGGGUGUGUAUUCCUGUCAAGCCGAGAACCCCGUGGGCUCCGUCGCAGCCAACAUCACCCUCAAUGUCCACUCUCGGCCACUUAUCACUGUUACGCCCCUGGACGCUCGGGUCGGCAUCAAUGGGACGGCAUCCUUCGAGUGUGCCACAUCUGGGUCACCGCCACCUACCACUUACUGGACUCACGAAGGUUCUGGAAACGUAGUGGGGACUGGGCAGACAUGGGGUGGCGGCCGCUGGUCCGUCGAUGCCCACAACACGCUCACCAUCCGCGGAGUGAAGCGUGAAGAUCAAGGUUACUAUGUCUGCUCGGCUGUAGGUGUUGCUGGGUCAGCUCUUGCUCGUGCUCACUUGGAGGUACAGGAUUUGGCUGACAUGCCCCCACCUAUUAUAGCCUUAGGUGCCUCGAACCAGACACUGCCAUUGGGCACAGAAGGCGAGAUGCCCUGUGAAGCUCGUGGCACACCAGAACCCACAGUUGUGUGGGAGAAAGCAGGAAAACCUAUCAAGCCAGAUGAACGCAUUUCCAUCACUCCACUCGGAACACUAAGAAUAAAAGAUCUAAAAAUUACAGACACAGAUGUUUAUACAUGCACAGCCAAAUCUGAAUCCGGAGACACAACUUGGACAGCCUCUCUGAUAGUAGCGAAGCCUACAAACCCAAAUGUGGCCUUCUUCAAGAUUCCAGAUGAGGGAACACUACCUGAAGCUCCAGGACAGGUGACAGUGCUGGGAGUAAACACAACAGUUGUAUCAUUGGGUUGGCGGCGAGGGCGGCCAGGUCUGUCAUCUCUGCUGGGCUACACAGUUCAGAUGUGGAGCCCUGACCUGCGAGGUGCCUGGAUUACAGCCUCCACACAACAGACUGCCACCACCAGCCACACACCCACUCCUGUUUCCCUCACUGUUACUGACCUACGUCCAGAGACACGCUACAUGUUUGUGGUUCGUGCUCGUAAUUCCCACGGUGUGUCACGCCCAUCGCCUGUCACCCACACCGUGAAAACACUAGCCCAGGGUGCUGGGGGUGCACCUCCCUUACAUGAAAUUAGGUCACGUCUUUCCCAGCCAGCUGUCCGCCUGGUCAGUGUAGAGCCUGAUUCUGCAGCGUCACUCCAGUUGUCUUGGCAACUGCUAGUAGACGCAGCACUGCUAGAGGGUGUAUAUGUGCGAUAUCGACCACUGGAGACUCAACAUGGCAGUCCAGCUGGCGCCCUAAGUGUGGAGACAGUAGCGCUCCAUGGUGAUGGUGCCCCGCCAACAUCCCAUGUGGUCAGCAAUCUUAGACCUGCUACUUGGUAUGAGCUGUUUGUGGUGCCUUUCUACCGUUCAGUUGAGGGCCAACCAACUGCUGCCGUGCGGGCUACCACUCUGGAGGCUGCUCCGGCGGUGCCCCCACUCGGUUUACAUUACACUUAUGUCAAUGCCACUGCCGUCCGUAUCACCUGGGACCCCAUCCCCGCCCACUCCUCCAACGGCCGCAUCACCGGUUAUAACCUCGAGGUAUCGGAUGCAGCAAACCAGAGUCAUGUGUUGAUGAACACAACAGUGAAUAAUACAUGGACACUGGUGCCAGGGCUGGUGUCUGGCUCAACAUAUCGUGUAACCUUGCGAGGGGUUACAGCAAGGGGUCCUGGGCCAAUCUCGGCACCCCUCAACCUGGCUGUUCCCCCGGGCGACAAAACCUAUCCACCAAACAUCAAGGAAUCUUCACCUUUCGAUAACAACACCUACCUCAUUGUGGGAAUAUCUGUAGCUGCUGCUGUGCUCUUUGCUGCACUUGCUGCCACUGUCUAUUGUAUCUACAGACGACGGCAGAAUAACAAGUGUCCUCAGUACUACAGUAAAGCUUUUGUUACCCCACCAGGCGAGGGCAGCGGACCGUGGUCCGAGUACCCUGGGUGUUGGGGAGAAACAGGCGUAGGUGUAGGUGUGACUGGCACUAUGUACACAGACGUGGGUAGCCACGGUGUGCCAAUCACCCAGCUCUACCACCGUCCGGCUGCUCCAGCUUCAAGUAAAAGUGGUUACGAAGGCCGCCAACCAGAGGAUGUGUAUGAAGACCCGGACGGCCUCAGGCUUGUGUCCUUUGGUAGUCACGUUGAUCCCAGGUGUAUGUCUCCUGAGCCGUACGCCACCACACCCCUCAUCAGGGAUAUUUUCCGUGGUCCGGGUGGAAACCGACUGCCUCCAAAUAUCCCAGUGAGUCCUGGUCAGGCCCUUCCUUCCAAACCCAUAUCUGACGAUUCCUGCACAAAGACCGCAUCUAGCGACCACAGUGGCAGCCAUGCUAGCCACCGCUCACACAACUUCAACACCCAGCCUGAGAAAGGUUCAUUGACGGGACCGGUGCUGCAGUUUCCUCCGCCACCUCCACCACCGCUCAUGGGUGGGGACCAGUCCAGUGACAACACCCUAGCAUCAACAGGAAGCCGAGGCCAAUCACCCUCUGCUAGACUAUUACUCCAGCAGCUUCCCUAUGGUGGUGGCUCCUCUUCUGGGGGUUCCCAUAGGUCACAUGGGAGCCCCUUGUUAGGGCCACGCCCCCCACGCACUAACCUGCGUGCACCACCGUCUCCCUUGGCAGGACACGGCUUAACAGGAUCUAGCGACUACGAGGUGCGAAUGAUGAACUUGCGUGGAACACAUCCAAGGGUAGAAGGUGAUGACCAGCGCUACCGGACUGAAUUAGGUGUGGAAGACGGGCCCAUGAGUCUAAACAUCCCCGAAGAGGCUAGCGACGUUGAGUGGUAUUCUCAGCCACUUCUCAAUGGGCGCACCUCGCCAGAGUCCUCCACGCUAGGUGACGCCGAAUCCGAGGACGAAUCACGCUGUUCUUCGGGCGGCUCUUGUUGCUCCGCAGAUCAUCCCCUCUCUCAUGCUCAGGACCUUAAUUGGGCAGAGGCUCUAAGGGCAGCUGGGGAAGCCAGAUGGGGGCGCGGAGGGUCUUUCUGUAGCACUGACGACAGCACAUAUGCGCCGGCUCAGUCUAUGCAUACACGUCCUCCUAGGCCACCAUGUCCUAAGAAGCACAGCAAGCCACGCCUACAGUACAAUCACCAUGCCAACCUUGAUCCCCAAACCUCUGUUACCUCUCCACUUGUGUAGGCACAGUGGGACUGCAGAUGACAAGGUGUAUGAGUUGUGAAUAGUUGUUGACGAAAGAUAAAGACACUUAACCUGUACAUAAGAUGUAUUUUAUUACAGUGAACGCUAGUCCAAAAUACAUCACCGUGCUUUGUGCUUGAAAUACGAAAUUUUGUUGUCGAUGUGGCAACACACACAUAACUUAGUGGCCUUCUGUUUCUGUGCUCGUCCUUUCACAAGUGGACAUUCUUUGUGACAAAUCUUUAAGUGGGAAAGACUUGCCGUAACCCCAGUGAGGUCUUUUACUCAGAGCUUUAUCUCCCUGAAAUACAAAUCGAUUUUGUGUGUGUAAAUUUAUAAACCAGUGCUGUACGUGUAAAAAUAUGAACAAAUACGUGUAUAAACAGUGUAGUAGGCCAAGACUGCUUCUGAGGUGCUAGACCAGACAACGGCUGCGUGGCCAUUAUCACUGUGUUCAUGUUUGAAAAUUUAAUUUCUUUGUUUUGACAAAUAUCCAUAUGCCCCUCGCCUUCAUGCUUAUUUCUGAGCGUUUUGGGAAAUGUUUACACUGAAGUGGAAGCAGUUACAGUGUGUAGUCAGUGGCUGUACAGUUAGUCCAUUUCCACUUCAGUCUCCAGGUGCUUCGUGUCGCUUGUCUUUGGUGAGACCGUCGAUGUUCAUUUGUCUGUGACGGAGCAUGUAUGGGGAGAGGGGAGGGAGGAUAGGACCUUGUUCUCCCAUACAUGAGGCUACGGAGUGGCCGUUGUUGCCUAUCCUCACACCUCCCUCCCAUUGUUUUGUGCAUCACAACGGUGGUAACCAUGUGCUCUCGGUGUUUUGUAUCCUAGUGUGUUCGAGUUGAUGAGUCAUUGAGGGGGAAAAGUUCCAAAUAUCCAUGACAAAAAAAAUGGUUCAUGAGAUUGGCUGUCGGAGCCUAAUUGGAGAUGUAGUAGAAAGUCAUGCACUUAUGUGUCACCCUGCAAUUUUUAUUGCAAGAUGCAUUUUUAAUGUGGAGAAUCUGGGAACCUACCUCUCAUUUACUAGUCGAAUAAGUUAAUUAAGAGUUCAUUCACAACUGCCCUAGAUUCAUUUUAAUGCAUAAACUGGGCAUCCUUGAAUUUUGUUGUUGUAAAUAUGCGACAUCUGGCAGGCAAGGAUCAGCUGGAUUACAUAAAUUAGCACUGGUGCUUUUGAAAGAUUUACAAAGCAUUAAUUGUCAGAAAUGAUCACCAAACCUUCCAGUACACAUAUAGCAAUGGCGGACCACCACAACACCUCCGACCAUAACCGACAUGGAAGUGUUUCCCCUCAGCGUCUCCUGUUGAGCCGCCCACAGCAGGUUGGGGAAGCGUGGCGUUUGGCUGCACUGGCCUAGAUUCAUCAUCAUGUUUGCGUUUGUAACCAGAGGAAUGUGGGCGUCCUCUUGUCCCCCACCUCUGGUCUUCUCCGUGACCUCAACACAAGCUGUUGGUACAUACUUAUGGGUGCUAUAUCACGGCUCACGCAUGCGUCUUACGCUCAUGGAACAAGUGUGACGCCUACGUCUCGGACAGGUCGAGUAGGGACAUGCUCAGACUAACACUAAAGCAAUUGAAUAGGGAUAUAUUUUAAAGUUGGUCUUCAAACAAAGAGUUGUCAAGAAAUACCGUAACAGAACUGGGUAUAUAUAUAGUUAUAAGAUAAAGGAACGAUAUCAGUCGCUCCUUAUUGUAGGUGGAGACUGGCAUGUUCCGUGCUCCCCACCGGUCGUCACAUCAUUUACAUUUAUCAUCUGAUAUUCAGACCCUUCAGCUGUGAUACAGGAUUAGUCAGUCUGUUGUCUUAAACAUAGGCGUGAAGUCUGCCUCCCCAACAGGAGCGGCCGACACAUCUGGACUGACUUAUUUCAGUCAAUGUUACUCGUUUUGGCGCAACUGUGGCUCAACUUGCGGACAUUCCUGGCGGGAGGCGGUGCUCGCGGACUGGUGGCCAUACUUACAUAUCUACGGUUCAUCUCGCACACUAACUUGAGAAUACUCGCUUGUGUCAUAGUUUGUUCAAUUGCACAUUUACAAUAAUUACCGUCUCUGUGCACACUGGAGGCGAAUCAUCGUCCACUAGUCCAAGACUACUUUGUGACCGCGCAUGCGCACUCCGCCAGAGACCGCAGGUCGCUGCUGUUCCCGGCUGCCUUGUCUAGCAGGAGGCUGGACGCGGUCACCAAGAUCUACCUGCUCGGUGCUGCUUAUACCUGCCCUUACUGCCGCUGUUGCCUCAAAAUUGUGUCUGCUUUCUUCAUGUAUUUAAAUGUCAAUUGCUGUUUUUUAAUUGUUUACGUAUAUUUAUUAUUAUUGAAUGACUUUUUGGAUUAAUGUAUGCAUUUUUUUGCACCGUGAAUGGUAAGAAGAGCAUAAUGCAUAUGAUGCUUUAGGAAACCUUAUCUAUUUUUGCAGGUCCAGUGAUCCUCCAAUACUAAUAAAAAAAAUGGUUUAGAACAAAUUUAUUGUCAUACGGUGUAGGAGUUGCGAGAGGCGCCUUGGUGGGUCAGCUGGCAGGACGAGUUGUGUGUACAAAGGUAUUUUUAGUCAGUUUGUAUAGGACUAUUCGAGUUUUAUAAAUAAAGAUGUUAAACUGCAAA